AUGAGAAAACAAGAGUUUCUUUCGCACACUCUCACGCGCUCUCUCACGCGCACCUUCACGAGCACCCUCACGCGCACCCUCAUGCGCACUCUCACGCGUUCUCUCACGCGCACUUUCACUCGCACUCUCACGCGCCCACUUACGUGCAUAAUCACCCGCUCUCCCACGCGCUCUCUCACGCGCUCCCUCACGCGCUCUCGCAUGCGCACCCUCACGCGCACUCUCAGGCACACUCUCACGUGCUCUCUCACGAUCUCUCUCUCUCGCACUCAUUCUCUCUCUCACGCGCUCUCUCACGCGCUCUCUCACGCGCUCGAUCACGUGCUCUCGCACGCACACCCUCACGCGCACUAUCAGGCACACUCUCAUACGCUCUCUCUCGUGCUCUCUCUCUCGCACUCUCACGCGCAUUCUCUCUCUCACGCGCACUCUCACGCGCUCUCACGCGCUCACUCACACGCUCUCUUACGCGCUCCCUCACGCGCGCUCUCACGCGCGCUCUCACGCGCACUCACACGGGCACUCUCACGCGCACUCUCACGCGCACUCUCACGCGUUCUGUCACGCGCUCUCUCACGCUCUCCCUCACGCGCUCUCUCCACGCUCCCUCACGCGCACUCUCAGGCACACUCUCACGCGCUCUCUCUCACGCUCUCUCACGCGUUCUCUCACGCACUCUCUGACGCACUCCCUCACGCGCUGUCUCGCGUGCUCUCUCACGUGCUCCCUCACGCGAUCUCGCAUGCGCACCCUCACGCGCACUCUCAGGCACACUCUCACGCGCUCUGUCUCACGCUCUCCCUCUCUCGCCCUCUCUCGCGCAUUCUCUCUCUCACGCGCACUUUCACGCGCUCUCUCAUGCAAUCUCAAGCGCACUCUCAGGUACACUCUCACGCGCUCUCUCAUGCUCUCUCUCUCUCUCUCUCGCACUCUCACGCGCAUUCUCUCUCUCACGCGCACUCUCACGCGCUCUCUCACACGCUCACGCGCUCCCUCACGCGCUCUCUCACGCGCACUUUCACACGCGCUCUCACGCGCACUCUCACGGGCACUCCCACUCGCACUCUCACGCACACUCUCACGCGAGCCGCGCGCGACCCCCGCUAUCCCGUCGCGUCGCCCUGGGGAGCCGCGCUCGGCCCCCGCUGCCCCGUCGCGACGCCCUGGGGAGCCGCGCUCGGCCCCCGCUGCCCUGUCGCAACGUCCUGGGGAGCCGCGCUCGGCCCUCGCUGA